AUGGACAUCAAUGAUCAAGAUGAGUGUUGUACCGAUACGGUUAUGCCGGUCAAGAAAAAGAAGAUGAAACAAGCUCAAUUGCCUUUCCAAAUGCAAAGUCCAGUGCAGUCUCCAAAUGCUAUACAAAGCAAAAAGAGAAAAUUAAUAUCACCCUCUGUGGAGUGUAUGAGCUCAAAACCAGUUAAAAUUUUAAAAAAGAGUUUGAAGAAAGAUGUAAAUAAUAAACCAAGUGAUAACAACAAGGAAACAGAAGAUGAAAGUGUUUGUAUAGAAAUAAUGAAUGUAGAAAUUGAGAAUGUCAAAGAAAACACAACAUUGAAUAAAGUGGAACCUGAAAUUAAAUCUGAAACCCCGAAACAGAUUUUCAAAGGGCAGAAAAAGUUAGAGAAACUAAAUAAACUGAAACCCAGUUCUUUAAAAAUGUUUUUUCAAAAGACUGAUAAACAAGAAGAGAGUUCAAAGGAAGAUUGCCAGAAAUCUUCGGAAAAGGAAACAGAUAAAUCUGUUGAAAAGAGUUCUGAUACAAAGGUGUCACUAUCAACAAGUGAUAUAAGUUACAAAAUAGAAGAUUCACCUCCAAGUGCAAAUAAUUCUCUAUAUCAAACUGAUUCUGAUGAUGCAAUGAUAUCUUCUGAUAAUGAACAAGAAGACAGGGAUGAUCAAAUAAAAACAGCUUCUGAGGAUGGAAACAAAGAUGAACAAACAGAGACAACUUCAACUAAAGAAGAAAAUAAGACACCUAUAAUUCCUAAAACAGAUCACUCAAAGCAGAGAAGAUUAACACCCAAGCAACAGGAAAAGAAAUUAUUAAGUGCUAAGAAAAGGGAAGAAAGGCAAAAACUGAAAGUGGAGAAAGAAAAGAAGUUAGAAGAAGAGCGAGAAAAUCGGCGGAAGGAGAAGGAAGAGAAACGUAGGGAGAAGGAGCAAAAACAGAUGGAAAAGAAAAUGAAAGAGCAGAAGAAACAAAUGGAAAUGGAGCAAAAGCAGAAAGAAAAACACGCAAAGGAAGAGGAGCGUAAGAAAAAGGAAGAAGCUAAAGAGGAGGAAAAGAAAAAAAGGGAAGAGGAAAAAUUGGAAGCAGAACGCAAGAAACAGAAAGCAGCGUCGAACUUUACAAGUUUCUUCGUCGCCAAGAAGCAAGAAAAAUCUAUCGAGGAAGAAAACGGGACUGAAAUAAGAAACUUCAUGCCUUUCGAAGUAAAAGCAGACAUGAAGAUAGCCCCAGUCUGUAGAAGAGCCUUAAGCGCGCAAGAUAAAUUGUCAUUGGACGAAAAGUGCAAUGAAGGAAAUAGACAAGAGUCAGACUUGUAUCUUAGCGAGAUUAAGAGAAAAAAAAUAGUUCCAUGCAAGUCGUCAAAGACUUGGCGAUUUGAAGCGAAGGACGAAGUAAUUAUAUUAGAUGAUGAAAAUGAUGGAAGCUCGAAUAUUGUAAAUCAAGACAUUCCAAUAGAAAAGCAGCGGCCCAAAUUGCUACAAUUUUGUGAAAAUCAGCGUCCACCUUAUUGGGGCACUUGGAGGAAACGUAGCGGCAACAUUCAUCCUCGAAGACCGUUCUCUAAGGACCCGGAAUGGUUCAAUUACGAGGUCGAUUCCGACGACGAAUGGGAGGAAGAAGAACCUGGCGAAUCUUUGCACGGUUCAGACGAUGAGAAAGAUCAAGAAAAUCCAGAUGAUAACGAAUACGACGUGGAUAAUGAAUUUAUGGUUCCUCAUGGAUACUUGUCGGAUGAAGAGGUUAGGGCUGAUGAAGAGGACAAAGAAGCUAUGUCACCGGAAACGCAAAAGUUCAAGCUGAAAGUAUUGGGAGAACAAUUUGAGUGUGAGAGGAACACUAAGACUUCAAAACUGAAGCCAAAAAUAAUUGGUUGCAUUUGGAGAGGAUCUGAAAACCAAUUUUCAUCAAAUGUGCCUCAGAAGACCGUAGACUUCCUGACAGCUCAUGAAGCCUGGGUACGGCAGAUACCAGUGAUCCUACCAACCAACAUUGAUACUACUAAAUCAGAGAACGAUGCUAUGACAGCCAGCGAGAUCAGCAUGCCCGCAAACCAGAAAACUCCAAAUUCAAAGAAGAGACCAGUCCCGGAAGCUGCUUUACCAGACCUGAUCCGAUUCGUACAUGGAAACAUCCGGGGUAGAAAAUUUUUGAGCAAAGAGUUCAUGGCCUAUUGGAGUGACAAAGGUGACGGUCAGCUUUAUAAAGGCAGUUUGCUGAGAAAGAUUCGUGAGAUUGCAACGUGGAGUCAUUGCCCAGAAGAGGGACCAAUGCACAAGAAGAAGUGCUGGUAUGUUUCUGAGGAAAUCAGGAAACAGUACCUAAAGGAGGAUCUUCCUUUGCCAAAUCGCUGGCCUAAUUUCACUCCACAAAAGGAGAGUAACCUUGUGGAAAUAGCAGAUAAAGUGGAGAAGGAGGACAAGGAUAAAGAGAAGAAGAGUGUCCCCUUAAUUACUCAAUUUACUAAGAAGAUCACUCAGGAGGAGAUGAAGAAACAGUUAAUUGUUAAGCCAGCAUCUCAGAACAAAGCUACCGCUUCGAAGCCUCUAAAGAGGGCUACGUUGAUAUCCGUGGGUAGAGGUGAACAGUUUUCCAAAUCUUCAAAGGAAACAUUAUUGAAGAGCUUUGUUAGUUCUAAGAAAGUGGAGAGCACGAAUUCGAGUAAGGAAAAUGAAUCGGAAAAUGAUGACUGUGUUAUGAUUGUGGAAUGUUCUGAGAAUGCUCUAGUUGAUGAUCAGAAAGAGGUUAAAUCUGAUGACAAGAAGAAAAGUGAGGACAGGCUUGGCAUAUACCUUGUACUCUAUUCCGGUCUACUCCACUUUAUUCCUCCUGCUGCUGGUAUCUGGUGCUUGCUGGUGCUUGGAUAUGGCUCGAGGAUGAGCAUAGGCGAGUGGAAGAGUACCUAUGCUGAGGUUUUCUAA